AUGACACGGCUGGAGACCCUGGGGAAUCAGACUAUGGUGACUGAGUUCUUGUUCUCUGUGUUCCCACCUCUGCAUCAAGGUGGCCUCCUGUUUUUCAUUCCCCUGCUUCUCACCUAUGGAUUCAUCAUCACUGGGAACCUGGUGAUAGUCAUUGUGGUCCAGCUGGAUGUGGCCCUGCACACUCCCAUGUACUUCUUCAUCAGUGUCCUCUCCUUCCUGGAGGUCGGGUACACCACCACCACCAUCCCCAAGAUGCUCUCCAGCCUGGUCAGUGAGCAGAAGACCAUCUCUCUGGCUGGCUGCCUCCUGCAGAUGUACUUCUUCCACUCCCUGGGCAUCACGGAAGGCUGUGUGCUGACAGCAAUGGCCAUUGACAGGUACGUCGCCAUCUGCAGUCCUCUCCGUUACCCGACCAUCAUGACUCCCAAGCUGUGCACCCAGCUAACAGCUGGGUCCUGCCUCUGUGGCUUCCUCCUUGUGCUCCCUGAGAUCGCGUGGAUUGCCACCCUGCCUUUCUGUGGCCCCAACCGGAUCCAGCAGAUCUUCUGUGACUUCACACCUGUGUUGAGCUUGGCCUGCACAGACACAUCACUGGUGGUCAUCGUGGACGCUAUCCACGCAGUGGAGAUCGUGGCCUCCUUCCUGGCCAUCGCCCUAUCCUACGUCCGGAUCAUCGUGGUGAUUCUGGGGAUGCCCUCGGCCGAGGGCCGCCGCAAGGCCUUCUCCACCUGUGCCGCCCACCUUGCUGUGUUCCUGCUCUUCUUCGGCAGUGUGGCUGUCAUGUAUCUGCGGUUCUCAGCCACCUACUCAGUGUUUUGGGACACAGCAAUUGCUGUCAGCUUUGUAAUCCUUGCUCCCUUCCUCAACCCCAUUAUCUACAGCCUGAGAAAUAAGGACAUGAAAGAUGCUAUUAGAAGGUUUUUCUGCCAUCGGAGGAGGGCUGGUGGGGUCAGGGGGUAG